GACCCAGAUAAUUUUAGAAGUUCAACAACGUAUUUGGAAUAUAUCGUGGGGUGUACGAUAUAUUCAACAAACGCCAGUCAAUAUGUUCAUAUCAUAACACUUGUACAGUCGGCCUUUUCUUUUGUAUUAUAAAUAAUCAGGUGAAUGCGUCGAUUCACCCAUUAAGCUCACAUAAAGUCUUUGGACUCAUUCUCGAAUCUGCGGCGAAGAACCUGGGUGGAUUUCUCUCCUCUUACUUGUUGAACAUGUGGCUACGCAAAUCUCAUAUGCCGAGAUGUGUCGUGCCAUUCAUCCUGCCUGCCAGACACUUUCGUCCUGAGAGUGUGUCCAUUUUCUUACGUCGAGGCAUUACCAAAAGCUUCUCAAAGACCUGCAAAGCAAUGUUCAACGAUGAAUCGCCGAUAAGAGUUGAGCCAACUGGAGUCAAAGAAAAUGCUCAAAGUCCGAGCAACUUCGAUUCCACUCAUGCAUCGCAUCCUCAAAAGACUGCAAUGACUAGCACAAACAUGGAAACCUACCGAGUAGUCAAGGAUUCGAAUCCCGAUAUGGUAACUGAGAAGAGGAUGGAGGAUACUAGCGGAGGCAUACAGCAGGAGUCCAACACACGCCGCGAAAUAUUCACGAGAUUUUUAGACCAACUUGAGGGUGAUGGUUAUACGGCAUUUAAAGAACCUUCACCCUAUAAUACCGCAACACAGCCGAUCACUACAUUGGAAACGAAACAGAAGUCCACUCCCACACAGAUUGUGCCCAAAGUUAACGCCAUAAGCAAGGAACAAGUCCGGCUUUCCACAGACAGCCUGCGACACAAUAAGGAUUUCCUCGGGGAACUCCAGAAACCGGCUGCCGAAAAGGCCAGCGGCUACCAUGAGCACGAGACAGCCAAAGCCGAUACGACGACCAGUCAAGAUAUGGAGAUAUCACGCAGAAUCGACCAAACCCUCACCAUUUGUCUACAUCUAGAUGAAAAAGUCACAAGAGAGUUGGACAGAACGGUGGCUAAAUACUCCCAGUAUACUCCAACCAUGAACAAUGGUCGGGCGAACGUUGCAGUUAUAAAGGGCCUGCCAGUGCAAAAUUGGAGACAGUACCAAGUUUUCAUGCGAUUUCUACAAUUUUGGAGGUCUCCUUUCAACAUGGGACGAGUAAAGCCUGCCAUGACACGAUUGGGGCGCUACUGGGAAGUUUAUUGGCAAAUAGAGGAUAUCCCCGAAAUCUUAGCGAUUCGUCAAACUUUCCGUCAGGUAUUAGAAGACGAUCUUCCACACUAUAACUUUGCCCCUGACGCUCUUUGGGAAGCGAGAGCCGUACUCGCUCGGGGUCUCAGUCGAACUCAAGCACGAGAAGUUGUGGAUUCAAUCAAUAUAGCACAUCCAGAUGGAAUUGACCUAGGUAUGAUCACGCGGUGUGUUUUGGUCCAUACAAUUUUCAGUUAUAGCAAAGUUCGCACAACCGUCACUCAAUCCCCGGAAUUUCCCUUGAUGGGUAUAAAGUCAGAUCAAUUAUCUCAUGGCGCCAAUGAGCACACAGAAAUCAAAACCCUAUGGAAUCGCUUGAUGUCACAGAUUGAUACCACAUUCUUCAAGGCUAGCAAGUCAAGUAAGUUUUACAAGACGGCGCCUAGCAAAAGACCACAGGAAUGAAAUAUCAUUCAACAUUAAAGUAAUUAAUUGAGAACCCCUCGAUGAGAUGCACCAAUAAUGAAUUGUAUCGAAAUUAACGUUCCUCACCUAGCGCUAGUGAUUAAUAGGAUUUCAACAACACCCAGGUUAAUCGCAUCUAUUAUUGACGUCUAAUUCUGGAUAUCCAUGGGACUGUACAAUCCUGGCUCAAAACUGGACAGAGAUAUGGGAUUUUGAUCUUGGAUUCGGCAAUUCCCUAUGAAAAUUUAAAUCCCAUAAAAGAUUGGAAAGCUAAAGGCUUAAGGUAUAGAUGAUGGCCAGCAAUUGAUCGCCCCAGCACAAUAAACAAGUAUCAUUCA